AAUGGUCUGUGUUACUGCUGUGUUGUGUAUGGUCAAGAGAGCGUGCAUAAUUUGGAGAGAAUUACGCGCGGGUAGACGCCAGAUAGACAAAUCUUCAUCUCAAAAAGGGACAUUUCAGAGUCUCUGUUGAAUGUAGCUGUGGAAUGGAUUUACAGCCAGUAGAAAGGUGAUGCGGGUAGAACACCCUAUUGGAAAGCGACUGUCACCUUUGCCUGUAGGUGUUCAAAGCUAACACCAUGCCAUAAGGAACUGUGUGCUACAACGAUUUUACUGUGGGCUGGAACUAUUCUUUUGGGCUGGAAAGAGGACCCUCUCCACUUUCAACAUGCUGAUAGCUAACAAUAGCAUUUUCAGAGACCUCUCUGAAGAGCUCUCUGUCUCUGGCUGAUAGAAGGCCACAGAGCUCCUCAGUCAGUGGAAUAGUCCUUAAUUAGGAACACCAAACGCACUGCACCUGCAUCUGCUCUACGUAAACACAUAUAUUGGACACAUCAAGCUGCCGUGCAGAAGCUCAAGCCGGCAUCUGGCACCUCUGCAUGUGUGUAUGUUUUCCUGUCUGCGUGUGUGUGAGUGUGCGCCACCUUGGAUCCUCCUUGGAGCCGCACACAGCCCGGGCGCCCAGCCUUCGGCCCGGAGAUGCUGCAGACCAACAACUACUCCCUGGUGCUGCUGAUCCAGCUGAGCCUGUUGACCUUUGACCUGUUCGUCAACUCCUUCAGCGAGCUGCUGAGGGCAGCGCCCGRCGUCCAGCUGGUGCUCUUCAUUAUUCAGGACAUAGCCAUCCUGUUUAACCUGAUCAUCAUUCUGCUGAUGCUAUUCAACACCUACGUGUUCCAGGUGGGCCUAGUGUCCUUGCUGCUGGAGCGCUUCAGGGCCCUGCUGCUGCUCUCUGCCCUCUACCUGACCCUCAGCAUCUCCCUACACUCCUGGAUCAUGAAUCUACGCUGGCUAAAAUCAAACCGCUAUGUGUGGACUGAUGGUCUCCAAGUGCUUUUUGUCUUCCAAAGAAUAGCGUCCGUGUUGUACUACUACUUCUACAAGCGCACCACAGAGUACCUGGGUGACCCUCGGCUCUAUGAAGACUCGCCUUGGCUCAGAGAUGCCUUUGCCAAUGCCAGGGCCCGCCAGUGAGCAAAGAGCAGUGUGUGGAGAUUAAACUGGAAUGGACAGAUCCAAAAUUGACCCCUCCAUUUCCCCCGGACACAGAGWGACACUGCUACGUGCAGAGCUGAAAUAGACGCUACAGUGCACAGGCAUGGGCUUAUAUGGAGGGAAGACAUGGGUAAACUUUAACAAGAAGGGUGAAAAAUGAGAUUCUGCAAGUAACUUUGCAUGGCAAGCCAGAUGUACUGUAAGAGGCAAACUGGUUUAGGGCCUUGAUUAAUGGACAGAAUGUUAAACCAAGAUGACUGUGAUGCUAAAAUUUGAGAACUCAUAGUUUGAUGUG